CGUUCACUACAUGUCGCGUGCAAUACUUAGGUAGGCGAUGUAGAAGAUCUGAUUGGAUCUGAUUAGCCACUCAUAGGACCAGGCCAGUGGUCCAGUGUACAGCGGUACCUAUCAGAAGCCGGACCCGCAGUUUAGCUUCGGCCUUUCCCCAUUGUAAAAUUUCCCAACGGAAUCUUUAGUAAUCUUGCCGAUUGACUCCGGCCCCCAGAGCGCAACCCACGAUCACGACGCAACGGCUGUUUUCCUCACAAAGCCUACAACGUCUUACCCAAACGUCUCGCCAAUUGCCCGCAAUACGUGCUUAGCGAACUCAUAAGAUGGCCGCCUUCGUCAAAGCGAUUAAUGCCAAGAUCAGGUCAAACCCGACCGUCAGCUACUUCUGCUCAACGCACUUCUGGGGUCCUGUGUCGAACUUUGGUAUUCCUGUAGCGGCGGUAGUAGAUGCACAAAAGUCGCCAGAGCUCAUCUCCGGGCACAUGACCCUCGCCCUCUGUAUCUAUUCGGCAACAUUCAUGCGAUAUUCCCUCGCCGUCACCCCUAAGAACUACCUACUCUUCAUGUGCCACUUCAUCAAUGAGGGUUCCCAGCUCACGCAGGGAUACCGAUAUCUGAACUGGCACCACUGGGGUGGCAAGGAACAGGCUGCUUCCGUGACCGAGAAAGUCAAAGAGGCCGUUACAAAAUAAAUAUAACUUUCCCUAUGAAUGCCGAGCACUGUUGAGGAGGUAUAACUGAGGCGCAAAGUCAGUAGAAAAACAGAGAAGAGACGUCAUUGGAAAGCGGGCAAGCUACAAGAUUACCAACUCAUUCGGAUGGUGUUUUAGGGGGACCUUAGAGGGAGAUGU